AUGCAUCCUGUGCACAGUCUUGUAAGGCACAAGUCCCGCGUGAUUGACCUCCAGAAGGAACAGCAACAAAACGUACCCCACAAGAAGAGUGGCCUGGAGCAACUCGACUAUCUGAGGCUCAAAGACCAUUACGACACACCACACUAUCCUAUUGUGUUGUGCCAUGGGUUCUCGGGGUUCGACACCAUAAGCAUACCUACCAACUGGCUUCCAAAACACAAGGCCAAAAGGGCCAUCACCAGGAUAUUUCAGCUAGACUACUGGUGCGGUAUUCGCGAAUCGUUGGAGACCCUCGGAAGCACAGUGCUUAUCGGAAGAGUUCCUCCCUUUGGAACAAUCGAGGAAAGAGCCAAGAUGCUCGACAAGUUUAUCGACAGGGAGUGUCAGGAAUUGAGGAAGAAGGAGUCCAAAUCCACCAUCCACAAGAAUCACUCGCACGAAGACGAGACAUUCAAACUGACCCACAAGCCUAUCAAGGUCAAUCUCAUCAGUCACUCCAUGGGCGGCUUGGAUAGUAGAUACUUGAUAUCGAGAUUUCAAGACAAUAAAAACUACAAAGUGGUGUCACUCACUACAAUUUCAACGCCCCAUCAUGGUUCGGAAUGUGCCGACUUUCUAGUUGGGCUUGUUGCUAAAAACUCGUAUCUCAAGAAAUUGUGUCCCCAAUCAGUGUAUGAGUUGACCACCACAAACAUGGAGGAGUUCAAUGCAAAAGUACCGGACAAUCCGGACGUUCAGUAUUUUUCAUACGGUGCAAAAUUCAAUCCAAAAUGGUUCAAUGUGUUUAAUUUGACCUGGAGAAUCAUGAGACGCCAGAUUUCUAAAAGGGAAGCCAAAAGUUUGCAUAACGCAUCAGGAAAGAAAAUAGACAAGUCACCUUUAAGACUAGCCAAUGAUGGAAUGGUCAGUGUGGAGAGCUCACAAUGGGGAAAAUAUUUGGGCACACUUGACGAGGUUGAUCACUUAGAUCUUAUCAACUGGACUAAUAAAACCAGAACAGCAAUUGAUAAGUUGGUGUUCAAUGAAGAGCCAAAAUUUAAUGCGUUGGCUUUGUAUUUGCACAUAGCCGAUACCCUCGCAAAGAAAGGAUUGUAG